CCCGUUGUCCCGGUUGUGACCUCGCAUACACAUGUGCCUUACACACAAGAAUCUGAGAGAGCCGUACCUGACGUAAGUUAUGGUUACGACACUUACGGCUAUCAAUCUCAAUAUCAAGACACUGCCAUUGAACAGUACCAAGACACAAAUUAUAGUGCCAGUUACGACGACGAAGGUAUGCAACCUUUCUUCGACGAAACACCACACGCAACUCCUCCUGCUGCAACUGCUCAAAAAUCAACUUGGGGCGAAACAGAAGCUACAACGCAAUCAUCUUACAUAGUUAAAAGUGAUGUAGAUACGAUAACUUCGAAAACGGUAACAACUACAGUAAAUUAUUUACCACAACCUCCUGUUACAACUAAACAAGAUAAUUAUUCAAGUAAGAGUUUCCAACAAUAUGAUUUACCUUAUGAAAGUCAACAGCAAUAUAAUUAUGAAAAUCAAGAUCAGGGUUACAAAGAGGAAAGUAGUUACUUAGAAACGAAAACAGACUUCCAGUAUCAACAAUCAUAUGAAUCGUCAUAUCAAGAUAAUUUAACACAAAACCAACAGUAUGAACAACAGCAAGAACAACAAACCUAUCAAUCACAAUUUGAAGAAAAGCAAUACGAUCAAACAUAUGAACAAGAUCAGUACGAAAAAGGUCAUUACGAAGAACAACAGUAUGGUCAAGAGCAAUACGAUAAACAGUAUGGAACACAAUAUGACUCACAACAAUAUCAGGAACACGAUUAUAGACAACAGCAAGAACAACAAGAUCUACAGCAGCAAUAUGAACAAGAGCAGGAAAAAUAUCGUGAGCAACAAUUACAACAACAACAACAACGUAGCUUUUUUGGAGCUGCCGCCGCCGCUGUUGCUCCGCCUUCACUAAGUCAACCAACAACAACAGCACAAGCAACUACAACUUCUGUUAGUCAAAUGACACCAACACUAGCUCCCGCAACCCCAUUUACGUGUACUACAGCUCCCGUUACUACAUCCGUCCCCGAAGUGCCAAAAUCAGUAACAGUUACUGCCGCUACAACAACAAGUACACCUGUCUUACCAAGAACACCAUCACUUAGGAGACAGGAAUCUAUACAAAGACCUUCAGUGCGACGAACAAGGACGUUGCCAGACGCACCGGAGGACUUUACCCAAUCGAGUUUUGACGAAAGUGCCUACGAAGAAGAGUACCAAAAGACUGAAUUAGAUCAAAGCAUAGACCGAGAUAGAACUUCUUUAGACAGGUAUCAUGAUGAUGAGUACAUUCAUGAUACAAUUCAAGAAGAAAUGGACACAGAAAGUCAUGCACCAGAGGUUUCAAGUCCGAGCAUAAAAAAGACUGCCUCCCCUACGAGGACACUUUCGCAAAUGCGCAAGCCUUCGGUUGACAGUUACCAUAGUCAAGCACCAUCGAUACCAGAUCGAAAGACUUCACAAAGUUCUGUUCAAGUUGAAGAUAAAUUUCCCGUCCCUACCACACAAGAAGAAGCCACUAGUGAUAAGUCAAAAGUGACAUUUCAAGAUGAACGCACAACAUAUCAUGAAGUUCCAGAGGAGUUUGAUACAUUCCAAGAACCUAGAGAUUCGUUCGACGAGCCCGGUUCUGAAUACCAGGAUGAGGAACAAAGUUUUCAUGAUAGAGAUGAUGCCUAUAGAGAGGAAACCGAGAAGUUCGAAGAAGAACAGUUCAAUGAAGUUGAUGAAGCGUAUAACGAAGAUGAUACGGUAUUCCAAGAAGACGAAGAAAGGGAAAAGGCAGAACAGUUGGAUUUCCAGCCGGAGCAGCCGAAGCUGACGCCAAAACAACGGUGGCAUCGAGCGUAUAACAAGAUCGUCAUGCAGCUAAAUGUGAGUCAAUUUUUAUAUUUGUGA